UAUUUAUAUUAAUUAUAUUAUUUAAAAAAGUGAAAAUGUAUUUGCAAUUAUUUUCUACAUGCUUAUUAUUCAUCAAUUUAGCAGUCAUUAAUUGCAAACAAUUACCAACUCAGUUAAAAACAGUUAAUACAACUAAAUCAAGCGUUUCCAGUAAUCUUAGUCAUGAUAUGUACAGUGGUUGCCUUAUCGAGUCAAUGGACCAGGUGACCGAGUUUCACAACCCGAAUUACCCUGGUCUGGACAACAUUUCUACAAUAUGUGCACUUAAUUUAAAAAUAUACGACUCGGAUGUGUGUCAAGUAAGACUUGACUUUACAAACUUUGACCUGGAUCAACCUACAAAUGGCAAUUGUUUAGGCGAUAAAUUUAGGGUGACCACAUCAGCCGGCACACCAAUUGGUGUUCCCACUCUUUGUGGCCGUAAUGACAAUCAGCAUUUUAGCAUAUUGUUUGACACAAACAACGAUGGUGAUUACCGGUGGCAUGUGACCGCCACCCAGAUCAAUUGCCGAUACGAAAUGGACAUGUAUCCUUAUCCGAUGCCAUCAGUGGCACCUGAAAAUUGUCUCCAGUAUUUCACCUCGCCACGGGGACAAAUCCAAAGUUUUAACAACGAACACGCGUAUUUAAACAACCUAGACUAUUUGAUAUGCGUACAACGUGGUGCGCACACGUGCCGUGUCAGCUACAGCGCAGAUCACAACAACUUUAUUGGCAUAGCAUAUACAGCGCCGGACACAGUGAAAGCAUUAGUUGGCGACAGCGCGUGCGCUAACGAUUACCUAGUUAUUGAGGGCGGUUCCCGGGAUGGUAACCUACCAACCCGUGACCGGUAUUGCGGCAAUCGGUUGCAUUACGCCAAUGGGGCGACUGUGGCGGCACCUGUAGUGUCCAAAGCCAACGGUCCGAUUGCCCUAAGGUUUUAU